AUGUCUUCCGUCGUGGAAAAAGUUACUGACACUGUCAACGACGUUACUGCCGCUCUUGGCAACACAUCGCUCACUUCUGACAAGCCGGCCGAAACCACCACUGGUGGCGACAGCAAGUCUACCAAUGCUGCUCACAAUGAAGCAGUCCUGGCCAGCGCUGCAGAGGGUCGCAGACUGUAUAUCGGUAACCUCGCGUAUGCGACGACCGAGGGGGAGUUGACCGAAUUCUUCAAGGGAUACCUCAUUGAAUCCACCUCAAUCCCUAAGAACCCACGCACCGACCGCCCCGUUGGAUACGCUUUCGUUGACCUCUCCUCCCCAGGUGAGGCUGAGCGUGCCAUCGCUGAGCUUUCAGGCCGCGAGAUUCUUGAACGCAAGGUCUCAGUCCAACUUGCUCGCAAGCCUGAGCCAGCCGGUGAGAAGGGUGAGGCAACCAGCGGAGGAGAUGCUUCUGGCGGUGAGGGCCGUCGCCGACAAUCUGGCCGUGGACGUGGCCGAGGCCGUGGAAAGGGUGGUCGUGGAGGACGCGCUGCUCGUGGUUCCAAGGGUGAGGAAGGCGCUGAGCUUCCAGGUACCACAGCCACCGGUGAAGUUCUUCCUUUGACCGAUACCACCACCAAGGAGGGCACAGAGAAGGCCGAUAAGGACAACAAGGGUGCUCGUCCUCCACGUGAGCGUCGCGAGCGUGGCCCACCUGCUGAUGGUAUCCCAUCCAAGAACAAGGUCAUGGUGGCAAACCUCCCAUAUGAUCUUUCUGAGGAGAAGCUCAAGGAACUCUUCGAAGCUUACGAACCAUCCUCUGCCAAGAUUGCCCUUCGCCCAAUUCCCCGCUUCAUGGUUAAGAAGCUCCAGGCCCGCAACGAGCCACGUAAAGGCCGUGGCUUUGGUUUUGUUACUCUUUCUUCCGAGGAGCAGCAGCAGAAGGCUGUCAACGAGAUGAACGGAAAGGAGAUUGAGGGCCGCGAAAUUGCUGUUAAGGUCGCAAUUGACAGCCCUGACAAGACCGACGAUGAUGCCAAUGCGCCAGCUGCUGAAGGCGCUGUCGAGGGUACCAAUGGCGCCGCUGAGACUACUACUGCUUAA